AUGGCCAAGUUUAGCCUCUUUGCGCUGGCCACUUGGGUUGGCCUAGCCGCAGCGAAAGAUGUCUACCUGAACUGGCACAUCGGUUGGGUUAAUGCUUCCCCCGAUGGAUUUGAGCGCCCGGUCAUCGGUAUCAACGGCCAAUGGCCCUGCCCGCAGAUUGACGUGAACGUGGGCGACCAACUGAUCGUCGAUGUCUACAACGGCCUUGGAAAUGAGUCCACGGCUAUCCAUUGGCACGGCAUGCGCCAGCAAGGCUCCGGUGUUAUGGAUGGUGCGGUUGGAGUCACCCAGUGCCCAAUUGCCCCAGGCUCGCACAUGCAAUAUCACUUUGAUGUCAACCAAGCUGGAACAUACUGGUAUCACUCACACAACAUGGGCCAGUACCCCGAUGGAUUGCGUGGUGCUCUGAUUGUCCACGACCCUAGCCCUCCUUUCCACUAUGACGAUGAGUUCACAAUCACCCUGAGCGACUGGUACCACAAGGAGAUGCCAGAGCUGCUCGAUGCCGCCAGUGUGGCGUCCCAUGGCCAAGAGCCUCUCCCUGAUUCGGCAUUGAUCAAUGACUCGACCAACACCAAGAUCAAGGUUCUGCCUAACAAGACGUAUCUUGUUCACAUUAUCUGUAUUGGAAACUGGCCUGGCCACUUCUGGGUGCUCGAUGGCCACGAGAUGACUGUCGUGGAGGUCGACGGCGUCUAUACCGAGCCCCACCCUGCUGGAGACAAGUUCCUGCGUGUUGCAACUGGCCAGCGUAUGGGUGUCUUGAUCAAAACCAAGCCUGACGCUAGUCAGAACUUUGCUAUCUGGGAUACUAUGGAUGUCAACAUGAUGUUUAUCUUCGAAAAUCGCACCAUCCCAGAGGGCUAUAACCCCAAUGCCACCGCCUGGUUGGUGUACGACGAGGACAAGCCGCUGCCCGAGCCUCCCGUCUUCCAACACAUCGACUUCCAAAAUGACUUUGUGGAUGAUGUCACUUUGGUACCCGCAGACCACGAGCCCUUGCUCCAACCCGUGAACCAACAGAUCAUUCUUGAGACCGGCGUUGGAUUGAUCGACGGUGUUCCGCGCUUCACUGUUAACGGCAAGACCUAUAUCUCCCCCAAGGUUCCGUCUCUAUACACUGCCAACACAAUCGGUCCCGAGUUUUCCUCCAAUCCCGAAGUAUAUGGCCAAGUAAACCCCUUCGUCGUGAAACAUAACGAUGUCGUCGAAAUCGUGAUCAACAACCACCACAGCAACCUGCACCCAUGGCACUUGCACGGCCAUCAGUUCCAGGUUCUGCAGCGCACCCCAGUAGACGGCGGUUACUACAAUGGCCUAACGAGCAACGUCUCCGCGACCCCAAUCAGACGCGACACCAUCAUGGUCCAGAACAAUGGCCACGCCGUCAUCCGCUUCCGCGCGGAUAACCCAGGUGUCUGGAUGCUGCACUGCCACAUAGAGUGGCACGUCGAGGCUGGUCUAAUGGCCACCAUCAUUGAGGCCCCCGAGACCUUCGCGAACACCGUGCACGCUCCCCCGAAGAGCCAUUAUGACACCUGCGCUGCCUACCCCCAAGACAUCAGCGGCAAUGCCGCUGGCAACGAUGGUCUUGACCUCACCGGACUUGACACUAAGGCUACGGCCGGCAGCCACGGCGCUCUGUAUACCGCCACCAAGGGCGCCAAAAGACCCGCUACUGCGCAUCCGUCUCAGCAGUCGACACAAGCACCGGUGGCAAAUCCGCCUGCACCUAAGGCACAACCUCAGGCUCCCCAGCCCGCGUUACCGAACGACAAUCACGAGCAGCCGUCGACACAAGCACCGGUGGCAAAUCCGCCUAAGGCACAACCUCAGGCUCCCCAGCCCGCGUUACCGAACGACAAUCACGAGCAGCCGUCGACACAAGCACCGGUGGCAAAUCCGCCUGCACCUAAGGCACAACCUCAGGCUCCCAAGCCCGCGUUACCGAACUACAAUCACGAGCAGCCGUCGGCGGCACCCCGUCCCACCGCCGAGCCCGUCAACGUCGACGCCGGGAACACCAAUGAUUACUGGUCAGCCCCUCACACGGCUGAGACGCACGAUCACCACGUCACCAUCCACGAGGAGUCGACCAAGGGCCCGUUGCCGAACCAGAAUACCCACAGCGGUUAUGUUAUCGAUAACGGCCACAGCUAUCCCAUCAAAGAUGCUAGUUAUGAGGAUACUAUGGAUGACUUGGAGGACUGGGAGUAA